UUACUCACUCCCUAUGGCUUUUUUUUCUUAACCUUGCCCGAUGGGCGAGUGCUGGUAUCCACAAGCCAGAGUUUUACCCGCCUGUGUGUUUGCUCGCUUGGUAGAUGAUCGGUUCCUCAUGGUUGUUCAGUAAAUACGAACAACCAGCUGAAUAACGAUCGUUUUUGUGUGUGGAAGCGUGCGUGCGACUGUUUGUGCCGCGUCCGUCCGUUUCGCAUUUCCAUGGGAAGCGCAAAAACUAGUAGUGAUCAACUAAUCCGACUGCUGUUGGUUACUGGAGAGAAAGGUUAUGAAGGAAGAAUGGAGUUCCCAGACCAUAGCCGCCAGUUGCUGCAGUGCCUGAGUCAGCAGCGUCACCAAGGCUUCCUCUGUGACUGCUCCGUUCUAGUCGGGGAGGCGCGUUUCAAAGCGCACAGAGCAGUGCUGGCCUCAUGCAGCAUGUACUUCCAUCUCUUCUACAGGGACCAGCCAGACAAAAGGGACGUUGUGCAUCUGAACAGUGACAUUGUGACAGCCCCGGCUUUCAGUCUGCUCCUUGAAUUUAUGUAUGAGGGGAAGCUGGAAUUCAACACUCUGCCAGUGGAGGAUGUCCUGGCUGCGGCCAGUUACCUUCACAUGUAUGAUAUAGUGAAAGUGUGCAAGGGCAAGCUGAAAGAUAAGGAACUGUGCCCCAUGGAUGAGAAGGCUAGUGAGGGGAUAGCACUGAGCUGUCCGGACAAGGAUACCUCCUUAGACAGUGAGCUGCACAACAAACAGCCAGGGCCAGGCCGGCGGCAGACAGAGACACAGCCGCCCCCCCAGAGAACCCCCCUGGGAGAGGAGUUUGACAUGGACAACAGCGAAGUCAGGCUGGCUGUCACCGAUUGUGAUAGGUCCGCACAUAGCAGGCAGAAGGCAAACGGUCACCCUGGCAGGUCCCCGGACCUUGUAGGUGUCAAUUAUGUGUCAGCAGAGGCCGAGCCCUGUGUCCAAACAGCUGGAAAAACAAAAGCCGAUGUCAGUGGUUCCACGGUAUCCCUGUCCCAGAGGUCCCGGGCUUCACACGACACGGACUGCGCUCUGGAUUUGUCUUUCAAGCCACUGUCUAGCAGAGAUCCCUUACACCCCUCCCACGUCUCGGGACAGCUGGCCCUCGACAGCCAGCAGCAGGGCACUGAGCCACUUGUUAAAGACGAACACGACUCGCUGUCAGAGCGGGAGGACAGUGAGCCCAUGAGCCCGGAGAGCCAGCGCUUUGGGAAUAGCGCCAGGAGCUCGGUGGUGACAGGGUUCGCUGCCCUCUUCCCGGGCAACAACGGCUCAACCGCGGCCCUGCUCUCCCCAGAGGACGACCUGAUGGAGGAGGACGGGGGCAGGGAGGGCACGAGAGGCAGGGGGGGCGAGGACAGGAGGGAGAGGCUGCUGGGGGACAGCGAGGAGGAGGAGGACGACCUGGCCUCCUCGGACAUCUCCACCUCCAGCGGGGUGCUCCUCCCCCCGGGGCAACAGGUGUGUGUGUGCCCGCUGUGCAGCAAAGUGUUCCCCAGUCCCCAUGUCCUCCAGCUGCACCUCAGCUCGCACUUCCGCGAGAAGGACGGGGCGCGCUCCAAGCUGUCUCCCGACGGCUCCGUCCCCACCUGCUCGCAGUGCGGAAAGACCUUCUCCUGCAUGUACACCCUGAAGCGGCACGAGCGCACGCACUCUGGGGAGAAGCCGUACACCUGUGGCCAGUGCGGCAAGAGCUUCCAGUACUCCCAUAACUUGAGCCGGCACGCUGUAGUUCACACACGCGAGAAGCCCCACGCCUGCAAGUGGUGCGAGCGGCGCUUCACCCAGUCUGGGGACCUGUACCGCCACAUCCGCAAGUUUCACUGUGGCCUUGUCAAGACACUCGCCAUUGGAUAAAACCCUACUGUCAGUGCCAUGAAUCAGACAGGAGUCUUCUCACUCUGUGACUACUACUACAUAUAAUUCUUUUUUUUAGGACUGCACUAGUUAUACAUAUUCACACGAUGUUAGACAUGUACUUUGGAAUUCUACUUCAUGUGGCAUUUAAGUUCAAAUGUAGCAAUGUUAAAAUGAUCAAAACUGGAUUUCACUGGAAAUAUGUUAGGCUUUGUCGGUGGCCUAUGUGAUUUAGUUGCACAAUACUAAAAUGGGGUGCUUUUCAACUCAAGCUGGAUGUUGAGAGGGACAAAUCGGUUGCACUUGUUUAUUGCUGUCUUGGUUGUGCAUAAUUGCAACGCUUGAUGAAGAGAGUAUUCUGCUACAAGACACGUUUAUGUAUAUAUCUUAUGUGCAAGUGAAUGAUAGUACCCUCUCCUGAAUGGAUGAACAGCAUUUUAUUAGCACACAUGGGGGGAAAACACGUCCAAGAGUAACAAUAUAUUUUUUUAUUUUAAAUCCAACCUUAUUUAUUAGUUGACCUGCUUAACAGGAAUGCAUAUCAUAUCAGGCAGUGGAAUCAUCAAUCUAAGUGGAACUACUAUAGGUUUUCUGGUAGCUUGUGUUUUAUGAGAGGCAUGUUUUUCAUAUGACAGUGACUUUUUUUGCUGCACUGGUCUAUCAAUGUUCAUCACAGCUUAGAAUCAGGCUGCUGUGUGACCAUGAAGGGGGGUAUGUUGUUACCUUCACGGUCUAGCAUGAUGCAUACAUAUAGGUGAUAAAUUCUAUGAAGUUAAAAGAAUGCAGCUAUUGUAAAACUUGUGCCUACUACAUUUGACACUCCGCUUGUCCACAAACAAGCAUAGGACCUCUUGCCUUCAAUACAACUAAUCUUUGGGCCUUCAAAAAGCGUGGGUAGUACAAUGUGAUCACCCUUGGCACUUGCAUGCCAAGUGAUUAAUGAGUGGACUUAUAAGAAUGUAAUUAAUGUGGCGUAAAUCUAGCUCUUUAUUAAUAAUUGUUGACUUCUAUUUAGUAAUUGACAUUUCUGGGUCAUCUGUAUUAUGGCACUGUAAAAGAAAGAGUAACCAAAUGUGCAUAUUCCUUUGCUGUCCAUAUACUGUAGAAAUGCUGAAGAUAUGCGCUGAUCCGGGGCUGAGAAGGAGAGGUCAACUCUGUGUGCCUCAGUGCAUCUCCCAGGAAAUUAUGUACUGUGGGUAUGGUCUUGUCUGUCAAUGUUGAAAUACUACUGAUAACAUUUGAGUGGUUCUUUUGGUGGAACUUGUCAUGACAGAAUCCUUGACCUUGGACAAUGGUGUACUUCAUAGGCCUGUCGUGUUUUCGAAGGAUUUCUCUGUAGUUUUUCUUUGGUUCUUGUAAAAGGAUUAAUAGGUAGGAAGUAGUCUGAGAUAUUUGUUUAAUCUGUCCUGAAAAGACUUGAUCAGAAUUAUUUAUUAGAUUAAGGGGGUUUGGGGUUUACUUGGGUUGUCUUGCUGGUACUGUUGUCAUUGGUAUUGGGCUCGUCUAUUAAUUUCUGCAAAUCCUGUUACUGUAAUUAAUUGGUAAUGUAUCUUACACAGAAAUCUUAAAUUACAUUCUCAAGGUUUGUCUCACAGAACACAGCGAAGCACUUGUUUUAAGCAUGCAUAUAGUUUCAACACUGAUAUUGUCUAGGCUGCUAUUUCUUACUAUUUGUAUAUUUAAUGUAAAUAUAUAUUCUAUUUAUAUGUUGUUCCUCUGUAUUAGAAGAACCAGAGUAAAGUUGAGAAAGCAAGGUGUCUUACUAAGGCUUCAGUCUCUUAAGAGGUUAAUGUCUUCCCUGCACCUCCUGUGAAUUGGGUUUCCUUUUCCUGUGUCAUCGCAGUGAAUUUGGUUUCCUUUUUUGUGUCAUCACAGUGAAUUGGGUUUCCUUUUCCUGUGUCUUCGCAGUGAAUUUGGUUUCCUUUUUUGUGUCAUCACAGUGAAUUUGGUUUCCUUUUUUGUGUCAUCACAGUGAAUUGGGUUUCCUUUUCCUGUGUCUUCGCAGUGAAUUUGGUUUCCUUUUUUGUGUCAUCACAGUGAAUUGGGUUUCCUUUUCCUGUGUCUUCGCAGUGAAUUUGGUUUCCUUUUUUGUGUCAUCACAGUGAAUUUGGUUUCCUUUUUCUUUGUCAUAACAGUGAAUUUGGUUUCCUUUUCGUGUUUCCUAACAGUGAAUUUGGUUUCCUUUUCAUAUUUACGGCCUCAUACUGUGUUCACUCCAGAAAAGAACAGGGAAUAAUACAGAUGACUUCUGUUCUGGUAAAGGAAGCAGUUGUUCACAAGCACAAACACACCAAUAUAUAGAAUACCUAUAGAGCUCAUACAAUAUGAGCAUUGUUCUCCUGUCCCAGGUAGCUCUCAAGGGAUCAUUGUGUGUCUCUCCUCUUGCUGUAGCGAAACAGGCACCGUGAGUCUCUCUCUUUUCACUUUUUGUAUCGAAGCGAGCCGUUGGAAUGUGAGAAAUGUAUUUAGCAAAGCGAGACCUGGGAGACAGUAAACAGGUGCAUUGUCUGGGGGCAUCAAAGAACAGCCCCUGAUUCCCAGCAUGCAUCAGAUAAGUGCUUCAUUGUUCUUUUUUUGUGGAUACCGCUGUUACUCCAUAGCAUCUUUAUCAACACAACCACUUUAAUUGUAAGUGGAUUUCUCUUUUCAAGUGUUGGUGUUGCCUGAUUUAAAGGUAUUGCAAAACAUAAUCAUCUGAACUUUAUAAUUGGGACAGUAAUACCUAGGUAGUACUUAAUUAUUAACAUCCAGUUCUAUAUACAUCCACCUCAAAAGACUUUUCCAUGAAGCUAAACAAUAAAUGUAGUGUUAACUAUUUGUGGUAUUUCAGUCGAAACGCACAGGAAUGUAGAUAAUUCUCUUAUUUUGUCUCUUUCGUUUGAAAGGAAGAUUUCUUAAUUGAUGCAGUACAAAAACAUUGAUAUAUUGUUUUCUUUAAUGUACAAAUGUAGGUACAGCGUUCGGAAACUAAAUGUUUGUAAAAUCUUUGCUGUGGAUGGAUUCUCAGUCCUUAUUUAUAUCUCCAGGAUCAUCACAAUGUGCCUUGCAAACACACAGACAUGUGUUGCACCUGGAGUUGCCCUUUUUGUACACUGUAAAUGUGCUACAGACUGCUGUGAUGAAGUCAUUCAGACCAUACAGACUUCUGUCUUUCAUUUCGAUGAUAUCACAAUGUUGACUAGGCCUAUUAGUUUCUGCUGCUUUUAGAGAUGAGUUUCAGGUUUGGAGUUGGCUACUGUUAAAUGAUUUUGAAUCUUUGUAAAGGUUUUUCAUCUAUGUAAUGUUAAGCAGACAAUGCAAGUGUUUGUUUUGUUUGGCUCUAAGCCAAGUCCACGUUUAGGAAUGAAGCUUGUUUUCCAUAGAUGAUAUGUUUAAUGUGAAACACUACGAUAUCAAUUGAUGACAUUACGAUAUCAACCCAUGCCACUGUUCCUGAUCGCAGGGUUACGUUUUCCUGAUUCAUGCUCUAGGAUUUUAAAGUCUAAAACUGAGUAUUAGGUUACAUUAAUACUGGAAUUAUGUCUUUGGCAGGUUAAGACUGUGAAAUUAUGUAUAAUCAUGAGAAAUAUUUAUUGAAUUGUUUCUUGUGCAACAAUUUUUUUCUCACAAUUUUGAUUUGUAAAAUGAAAGAUGCUACUAAAUGUCAUUGGAAAUCUUUUUAAUAGAAUUUGUAGAAGUGCCAUUAGAAUUUAAUAUAAUUUUUAAUAAGAAAGGUAUAUUUUAUAGUAAUCAAUUGCUUCAGUGUUAGUGAUUUAUAGAUUAGGGGACAAUCUUAUGCAGAAUUUACAUUGUAUAGAACUCCAGGCAGUUUAUUUUGAUCUGUAAUUGUUUUUUUUGUGUGUGUGUGUGUGUGUUUUGUUUGCGCUUUCAGAGUAUGCUUAGGUGUGUGUGCUGUGGAGAUGUGACAAUCUUGAGUUAGGUCUUUAUUAAGAUUAUGCAUAGAUUAAACAGAGGACUGUUCUGUGA